UGCAAGCGUCGUCAGGCAGGCCGGGUCAAUAACAAACGGGCAGGUAGGUACAGGGGGUCAGGCAGAGAAUGGUCGGGGUCACAAACCAGGGAUCAGAACAGGAGAAGUCAGCAGAGGUCAGGAUCAAGCAGGGUCAGCAACAGGACAGGGACAGGAAUGCAGGAACAACAUACAGGGCCCGGGAAAAACACACACACACCAAGGCAAGACUGCAGGUCUGGCCAUCACUUAAAUACACCUGCAUAAGCAGCUUCAGGUGUUUGGCUGGCUGCAGGGUUGAGUCUCUGAUUGCUGGGAGCACCUGCUGGCCAGCCCUGGUACUGCAGCCCACAAGGACAGGUGAGUCCCACCAUUACUGGCAAGUCCAUUCCUGACAACAAGUGUAGGAGGAUUUGU